UUUAGGAAGUCGCCAGAGGAUAUUUUUUGCAGGAGCGGUCACUCUAAAUCUAGGCGAGGAAGGGGAGGAGUCUGAGCCGGGUCCCGCCUCUUCUCCAGUAAACUUCUCCCGCUCCAGCUUUGGAGGCUGGAGUUCCUAGGGCAGGGAGCAGUAGCACGCCCCCGGCUUUCCCCAUGGCUUCGGUGACCAGAGCCGUGUUUGGAGACCUGCCGUCAGGGGCAGGGACAGUGGAGAAGUUCCAGCUGCAGUCAGACCUGCUGAAAGUGGACAUCAUCUCCUGGGGCUGCACCAUUAUGGCCCUGGAGGUCAAAGACAGGCAGGGCAAGGCGUCAGAUGUGGUGCUCGGCUUUGCAGACCUGGAAGGCUACCUCCAAAAGCAGCCCUACUUUGGAGCCGUGGUUGGCAGGGUGGCCAACCGAAUUGCCAAAGGAACAUUCACGUUGGACGGGAAGGAGUAUAAACUGGCCAUUAACAAUGGGCCCAACAGUCUGCAUGGAGGAGUCAGAGGGUUUGAUAAGGUCCUCUGGACCCCUCGGAUGCUGUCAAAUGGUGUCCAGUUCUCAAGAGUCAGUCCAGAUGGUGAGGAAGGUUAUCCUGGAGAGCUGAAAGUCUGGGUGACAUACACGCUUGAUGGUGGGGAGCUUAUGAUCAACUAUCGAGCCCAGGCCAGUCGGACCACACCGGUCAAUCUGACCAACCAUUCUUACUUCAACCUGGCAGGCCAGGGUUCCCCAAACAUAUACGACCAUGAAGUCAUUAUAGAGGCUGAUGCCUUUUUGCCUGUGGAUGAAACCCUGAUUCCUACAGGAGAAGUCGCUCCAGUACAAGGAACUGCCUUUGACCUGCGGAAGCCAGUCGAGCUUGGGAAGCACCUGCAGGACUUCCAUCUCAACGGCUUCGACCACAAUUUCUGUCUGAAGGGAUCUAAAGAAAAGCACUUUUGUGCAUGGGUCCGGCAUGCUGGAAGCGGGCGGCUACUGGAGGUGUACACCACCCAGCCUGGGGUCCAGUUUUACACAGGCAACUUCCUGGAUGGCACGCUGAAGGGCAAGGGCGGCGCAGUCUAUCCCAAGCAUUCUGGUUUCUGUCUCGAGACCCAGAACUGGCCUGAUGCCGUCAAUCAGCCCCACUUCCCUCCUGUGCUGCUGAGGCCUGGGGAGGAGUAUGACCACACCACUUGGUUCAAGUUUUCUGUGGCUUGAAGAAGUGUGAAGAUGUGACCUCUUCCAGGGCCAGGCUGGGAGCCCCUUCAGCAGCCUGUCUCCUGCCCAGAGAGGCGAUAGAGGCUUUACAAGUGAUCCUGUGAAUGGAAGCCAUAUGAAGGGUAGCUUCGUAGUAGUGAGUCUGAGUGUUGAUUUUCUUUCCCAGUGACUGGCUCCAGGUCAGGUCUAAUGAGCAGCGAGCUGUCUCCUCUGUGUGGUGAAGAGGACCCACCCGCUAACGUCAUCACCUAAGCCCAAGCCUAGCCCAGAAGUGGCGCCCACGCCCCUUGUACUGUGUUGGCUCCGUCUCUCCACCCUUCCUUUCUUUGAUCCUACUUUCUCUCCUUCUCUUCGUCCUCCUCCUCCGCCUCCUCAGACCACCUUGCCCCCCCCCCCCCCCGCCCCCGUGCAGCACUUCGGAUUUCAGUCGCAUUAGCUCCUGCACCAUGCUGGCAGAUGGACCUGUCUGCCUUGAGAAGGCAGGAGAUGACAGACGGAGGGAGCCGGGGCUUCAGGAGGGUAAACGACCCUCGUAAAAACACACAGCUGGGGACAGUUUUAGCCAGGACUUGACAUCAGGUCAUGCACAUUCGAGUCCCCUUCUUUGCUUCCGUUUCAGUCUGCCAGGGCAUUCGCGGGGUCACUGAUGCGGAAAGGAGUAGGUCUGACCCUCCUCUCUUUGCGCCGGCCUUUCUUCCCAGAUUCACGUUUAUAUGAGUCUGAGUUUGAGUUUAGCUGUCUUAAAGAUGUCACUUAAAGGGCCAGGUCAAAAUAUCCAGAAAAAAUCUGUGAUUUUGAUUUUCUGCCUUUGGGGUUGAAAAAGUCCCAGCCCAGCCAAGGCAUGGGAAGCCAGCAAGCCACUGGAGACCGGAACUGUGUUAGUGUGGAGACAGGGCCUCACCUGAGGGCUGCACAUUGCACCUGGAGCAAGAUGUCUUGUUAUGUAGAUGAGCUCGGGGCUGCCCCCUUUCCUGAACAAUUGAAUUACCAGUUACGGGUUUGGGUUGGUGGUUGGUUUAGGUUUUUAAAGAAAUGUAUCUUACACUUUUGUAUACCGGCAGCCAGUUGAAAUAAAACCAAAAGCUGCACCUUCGGAAGACUGCCCGUGUCUUCAUUCAUUUUUAAAUCUGUCAGACACGGACCUUUGGGAAAUUGACCGAGUAUAUGGUGUGUUCUGGAUUCCACUGUGCUCUCCAGUCCAAGCACCAGCAUCUUUCUAGAAGAAAGCCACCUAACUGGCCGCUUGUUGACCUUCCUAUAGUCCCUCUUUCUUAGCAACAACAAUAAAUCAGAAAUAGUGAUCAUUUUUUAAUUCAUCAUGGAUUUUCCAGAUCCCUGUUGUGUCCACAGUUCUCUGCUGAGUCUUUUAAGGAAUUCAGGAAGUAAUGUCUAAGAUAUAGUGUAUUCCCUCAGGGAUCUGUCAGUCUCUCUGGGGAAGACAAGACUAAUAGUGACAAUAAGGUGAUGUAGAAUUGCACCAGGAUGGACCAAACCCUGAGCAUUAACUUUGCUACUGGCAUUUACUACAUGGGCAAACAAUCUAAUUUCACUUGGAGUCAAUUUUUCUCACCUGUGAGGCAAAGGGAUUAGACUUAAAAUAUCUGGAAGGUAAGUCUAUGUCUGCAGGGCUACAACGAAAACUGGCCACUAGUCAAAUUCUUUUUCCACAGGCCCAUCCCUGUGCCGUGACAAAGGACCUGAGAAGGUGGACAGCAAGUGAUUAAGCCAGCCAGAGCCUGAGCGCUAGGAGCUGUGGUCCCAUUUCUCGUCCCGUGUUGGGCUUGAGCAGGCAGUGGAGGUCUAACUACAUUACUGUUUAGAGCUUCCAUCACACAUCCUUCUUCUAGGACCCUCUGGACAAUUCUUAGACUGCUACCAUCUUGCCAGGAUUCUCCUCCUUAAUGGCUCGUCUUCAUUUUAUUGAUUGCCAAAAGUAUGAUUGAAGAAAUUAUUUCAUCUGACCCUUACAACCUGUAAUGAGGUAGAAAAAUCCUCAUUAAAAACAAGAGGUCACUAGCUGGAGAAAGUAAUAGUGCCAGGAAGUGGCAGAUUUAGAACACAAGCCCUUCAAUAAGAAACCCAAUGUUUAGGACGCCUGUGUGGCUCAGUCAGUUAAGCAGCUGCCUUCGGCUCAGGUCAUGAUCCCAGGGUCCUGGGAUCGAGCCCCGUAUAGGGCUC